UGUAUUAAUUUUAGCUUUUACUUUUUUACAUUAGUUGAAGUAAAAAUUAAUUAUUUAUCAGUUUUGUAGUAGAUUCACGAGGCAGUGAAAUGAUUAUAAUUACUUAUUGUACUGAGCUAGCAAAGUACAAGAGCCCCACCCUAGUUCUCUAGCCAUAGUUGCUUACACAUACUUUGCUUCAGUUUCAUCAUGAGUAAGUGUUAACUCACUUAGCAGUUGUCUUUAUUUUUGCUUUUACUUUUAUUAAACAGGUCAAAACCAGUCACUAUUAUACAAUUCCUCCCCUCCUCCUUACAAUCCACAGUAUGAUCCAGCAGGAAAAGGCCCCCCUGCCUACAGCUAUCAAGCCAUACCAUAUGGAGCCCCUAAUAAUCAUGCUGUUAUUGUUACCACUCAGCCUACAGCAACACCAGUUGUAUACCAUUCUUAUGGUACAAAUGAUCACUUCUUGAUAUUGUCUAUUGUGAUGACGUUCCUUUGCUUCAUUUGUGGGACAUGGUGUGCACUAUUUUGCACUGUUCCUGCCAUCAUUUUUGCUAUUAAUGCGCAAGAUGCAGCACUGCAUGGUGAUAUGAUUGGAAUGGCCAGGAAUCGUCGCAUUGCUGCAAUUCUCAAUCUUCUUGGUCUCAUUACUUUUAUGAUUGUCAUGGUCAUAAUGAUCAUUGCUGUUGUUUCAGUGAAUGUGUCCAUAGCUUCAAGCUGCUACUCUUACUAUGACAGUUACUCUGGCUAUUAUUAUACCUGCUAAACUUGACCAGAGCUAAACAUUCUAAAACUGUGCUGUUUUAUCUAUCCUUUUCCCUUUCUUUAAUAAUUUAGAAAUAAAUCAUUAUGAGUAGUGAUAAACUUGACUGACACAUUUGUAUUUGCAAGGUGUAGCUAGUAGGUGUAUUCCUAAUAGAAUUAACUUUUUGGUCAUGUUGGUCAUGCAGUUGUGUAUCCAUUCUAUUUGUAAGGUUGCUCACACCUAAUACAUAAUUGGCAGCAAAGCUUGAACCAAUAACUAGUUCCAGCAGUUAAUCAUGAAGCUUUUCAUUCCCAUGCUCAGUCUGUACCUUGCCUUUACUUCUGAGCUACCUGUAUACGGUGCUCAGCAGUGUACUGAGAGAUUUAUGCAGUACUCAUUAUUAAGCCAGAGAUCACGAAUUCUACCAUUAGAAAAAACUGGAGUACCAUUGGAUAAUAGUGUAACGGUUCUCCGAGAGUAUGAGUUCAAUUGUACCACUACAAUAAGUAAACUUGUUUUGGGAAUUAAUGUACGAAUUCGUAGGCAAGGAAGAAACACUAAUCGUGUACAGUUUCCUAGUGUCAUGAUAUACAGAGACACUGGUAAUCAGUACACUCCAGUAGCUAAUAGUGAGAGAAAGAUUUACUUCUCUACUUCUAAUGUCAGUACUAGUGAGGUUUUUGAGUAUCUACUUGAGCCUUCCCUAAGAGUAUUUCCUGGAGAUCUAUUGGCUAUAUCACAACCAGGAGAAGAAGAUAGUAUUGUUAGAGUAUACUCUAUCACAGGAGAAACAGGAGUGGCUUUUAGUAGUCAAGUUUUUCCUUAUAACUCUCAAACAAUUGAGCUUACUUCUACUACUCAGAUAAGCAAUCAGUUGAUAUUGGUUUACCCUGUAACAGAUGAACACUGUGUUCAGAGUAGUAAUUCCAUCAGUGAGUCAGUUAUUCGAAGUAAUGCACUUCAGAUACAUGGGACAAGACUGCCUGCUGAUAAAAGACAAUACUUAUAUCCAGAGAUGAUAUUUUCUUGUAAUGGGACACUUACUAAGUGGAUAUAUGGAGGUAUAGCCUCUAGGGAAUCUAGUGAUGAUGAUGACAUGCCAGAGCUCCAAAUAUGGCGUAAAACAGGCCCUAAUACCUACAUUAAAACAAAGUCUUCUCAAUUAAUUAAUAAUGUUCUCAAUAUUACAAACGUGUAUGAAUUCACACCCCAGUCUCCGUUAGAGUUCCAAGAAGGAGAUGUAUUUGGUAUGUACAUUCCUGAGAGUACUGAUUUUCAGCUGUAUGAGCAGGAAGAGAGUGGUCCUAAUAAUCUACGAGUUGACUCUGGAGACCCUCCAUCAACUAUAACUCCAACAAGAUCAGAAGGAGCCAAUGACUUUCCAUUAGUUACUGCUGAAGUAUCAAUACAAGCAACAGAGUCAAGUAAAACUUUGCCAUACACCACAACAGGCACAACUACUACUAAUGAAGGAAUUGCAUUUACAAUAACAAACACUGGGCUCUUGUCAUCUACUUCAAGUGUAGAUCAAACAAUGACUACAGCUAGCUCUACUUCUGCCCCAGGCAACAUAAGCAAUCCAAGAGCAUCAACUGCUACUGUACCAGCAGUCAUUACUACAGUGAUAUUGGUUAUCAUUAUUAUUGGAAUAAUUGCUGGCAUCCUAAUUGCAUUAUAUUUUGUGAGAAGAAAGAACAAGAAAGAAAGCAAUGUAUAUGCAUUACCUGUUGUUCAAGCUAAACAAGACAGACUACAAACACUAGCCAAUCCACUUUAUUCAGAUAAUCAAAAAAUGCCAAAUGAGAAGGAUAUUUAUACACUGCCUAAUUAUGAUAGAGAGAGUAGCUUUUAUGCAGAAGCCGGUAUGCCUGCUCCUAAAGUGUAUCACCAACCAAAUAUGGGAGAAUAUAUGGAGCCAACACAGACACUGCCUAGCGAGUGGGGUAUAGUUGUUCCAACUAUGUCACAAAGGUGUAAACUUAUUAGUCACACUGGAUCCCUUGAACUACAAAAUGUUCUUUAUAACAAAGACAAUGCAAGUACAAAUGGUGUGUUUUUUUCUGAAAGUGACAUAUACUGGACUCCUGGUGCUGACUGCUCAAGCAUUUAUGAUCAGUUGUAUAAGUACAAGUUCAGAGAAUUGAGACGUGAUCAAAUAAAGAUUGGAGAUCAUUUGGGUUCAGGGCAGUUUGGUAGUGUCUGCAAAGGUGUCUGGCAAUCACCAACUGGUCCAUUAGAAGUUGCUACUAAAACUCUUACCGGUAAUACAUCAGAUGAUGAUAGAGUGAAGUUUCUACAAGAGGCAGCCAUCAUGGGCCAGUUUCAUCAUCCAAAUGUUGUCAAGUUAUAUGGAAUGGUCACUAUUGAAGAGCCAAUGAUGAUAGUACUGGAGUUCAUGAAUAAUGGCGAUAUGAAAAACUAUUUACAUACUCUCCAGCCACAACCAGGAGAAUUAGUACCCACUACAGUACCUAGUCUUUUACUCAGUUUCUGCCGUCAAAUUGCUUCAGGCAUGGAGUACUUAUCUAAGAAAUCCUUUGUACACAGAGACCUGGCGGCCAGGAAUAUAUUAGUGGCAGAGGGAGACAGGUGUAAGAUAUCUGAUUUCGGACUGUCUCGAGAUCUACAAGAUGAAAACUAUUACAUUUCAAAAGGAGGCCAAGUUCCUAUCAAAUGGACUGCUCCUGAAGCAAUUCAUUAUAAGAAAUAUUCAUCAGCAAGUGAUGUAUGGAGCUAUGGUGUGUUGCUGUAUGAAAUAUGGAGUCUUGGACACAGACCAUUUCACAACAUGACAAAUCAAGAAGCAUUUAGAAAAGUAGAGUCAGGAUAUCGCUUGCCUCCUCCACCAGGUUGCUCAAGACAAGUAUAUGAGAUUAUGAUACAAUGCUGGCAUCCUGAGACAAGUCAAAGGCCAUCAUUUAUUGAUCUUGUCACUCGUCUCUCUCAGUCUGACUAUUCAUUAAUUAAAUGGUCACAAGAUGAUAAAAGUGCAAAUCCUCAAUCAGUUGUUCUUGUUGGUGCUAAUAUUGAGGCUGGGCAGUACUUAUUCACUGAUUUACAGUGUAUGUACUCAUGCUAACAUUAAUUUAUUGUAUGUAUAGUUACUGUGAGUGCAAUUAGUGUUGCUAAUUAUAGUAUUCAUUUAUUCAUUUUGACACAACAAUAAUAUUAAUGGUUCCAUGAGGAUUUUUUGUGAGUUUUAAAA